AUAAAUCUUUGGCUGGCUGUGUAGCUUCAACUCUACUGAGCCCUUUUGUUGUGGGUGGGUUUCCCUCAAAUGAGAGUUGCUAUGUCUUCUUCUCCAUCUAAGAGUGGAUCCAGUUGUGGUGAAGAAGAUACUGAGCUAAGAAGAGGGCCAUGGACCCUUGAAGAAGACACUCUUCUCAUCCAUUACAUUACUCAUCAUGGUGAAGGUCGUUGGAAUCUCUUAGCUAGAUGUUCAGGAUUGAAGAGAACUGGCAAGAGUUGCAGAUUGAGAUGGUUGAAUUAUUUGAAACCAGAUGUGAAACGUGGAAAUCUUUCUCCAGAAGAGCAACUUGUGAUUCUUGAACUCCAUUCUAAGUGGGGUAAUAGGUGGUCUAAGAUUGCACAACAUCUACCAGGAAGAACUGAUAAUGAAAUCAAGAACUAUUGGAGAACAAGGGUGCAGAAACAAGCGCGACAUCUUAAGAUUGAUGAGAAUAGCGCGAAGUUUCGUGAUGCAAUCAGAUGGUUUUGGAUGCCAAGGUUAAUACAGAAAAUGGAAGAAGAGGCUCAUUCUUCUUCUUCUUCUUCCUCAGCCAUGGAAACUCAAAGCUCCCCUCCAAUGUCUCUACUUCUCAAUCAAGCCUCUCAGGCAUCUUUAGAAGCCCCACUUCAACAAGGAUCUCUCAUGAUAAGUGAACCAACUAAGAAGAAUCCAAGCUCAGGAGAGAACUACUGCACUAGUCCAAGCUUCUCCUCUUCACAUUCCAUGAACAUUUCUAAUCAAUUCCCUCAUCAAAUUACAGAGAUCCCAACAAGCCCAUAUGAAUUUGGGAACAUAGUCUAUAACACCAACAACUCAUUACCAAAGGGGUGUUACAAUUACUAUGUAGACAACAACGGUGGCUAUGACAUUGAGGGCUUCAACAACCUGUCUUCUUCCAUGUCAACCCUGGGGCACCCUCUUGACAACUCAGCCUCGGCCCAUUACCACGUGACUGAAAACAACUGGAUCAUCCAAGGUGAUGUGGCAGAUAAUCUAUUAUGCAACAUGGAUGAUUUAUGGUAGAUAAGGUGCAACCAACUUGGGUUUGUUAUUAUCAGAUAACCCACAGUUGCUUAUGUUCUUUGACAUAGUUUUCUCUUUCCUUAGUGAUAUCAAAUUGUAUCUUUGGAAAAGAAUUUCUAAUUUGGUUGCUAUUCUAUAUUA